AUGUUAAGGAUACGAUUAUUAAAGCUAUGUUUACUAGUUUACAACAUAGCACAUGUUCAUUGCGUGUUAGUAGACUUACAGAGUUUAAAUUCGACUCAAAUUGAGGACGAAUACAAAGAUUAUGUUGUGGAUUGCAGUAAGUUCUUACGUUUUUUCUUUAAAAGGUUGUAAAUCUCAAGCUCAAGCUCAAGCUCAAACCUAAAUUCAGGCUUAAGCUUAAGUUCAAACUCAAGCUUAAGUGCAAGCCUCAAACUCAGAUCCAAGCUCAUUUUCAAGACUCAGGCUCAGGCUCAGGCUCAGGCUUAGGCUCAGUCUUAGGUUCAAGUUUAAACUCAAGUUCAAGCUCAAACUCAACUAAUCGUUAACACAGGCUUUGGCUCAAAGUCAGGCUCCGGCUUAUCCUUUAACUCAGACUCGGGUUCAGGUGCAGGCUCACUUCAGGCCCAGGCUCAAACUCAGGCUCAGGCUCAGGCUCAGGCUCAGGCUCAGGCUCAGGCUCAGGCUCAGGCUUAGGCUCAGUCUUAGGUUCAAGUUUAAACUCAAGUUCAAGCUCAAACUCAACUAAUCGUUAACACAGGCUUUGGCUCAAAGUCAGGCUCCGGCUUAUCCUUUAACUCAGACUCGGGUUCAGGUGCAGGCUCACUUCAGGCCCAGGCUCAAACUCAGGCUCAGGCUCAGGCUCAGGCUCAGGCUCAGGCUCAGGCUCAGACUCAGACUCAGACUCAGGCUCAGGCUCAAGUUCAGGCUCAGGCUCAGGCUCAGGCUCAAACUCAGGCUCAGGCUUAGGUUCAGGCUCAGCUCAAGCUCAGGUUCAAGCUCAGACUCAAGCUCAGGCCUAACCUCAUGAUUAAGCUUAAGCUCAAGCUUAAGCAACAAAAAAGUUUUAUUUUCAAGUUUAGGUUAAGGCUCAAGCUCAGGGAUUAAGCUCAAGCACAAACUCAGGCUCAAGCUCAAGAUCAGGCUCACCCUUAGAUUAAAACUCAAAAUCAGUUUAAAGCACAAUCUCAAGCUUAAGCUCAGGUUUAAAUUAAGGUUACAGUUAAUCCAACGCCAAUCUCUAAGCAUACGUUUUAGCAUUAACCUAAGUCUAAGCCUGAAUCUAAUCCUAGCUUGUGCCACUGAAUUAAUUUUUUUGUGUUGCAAUUUUAAUGUUAUAACUUACGACAUAACGUAUUAUUCAACCGAAUAACUUGCCUUCUUCAAAGCCAAUUUAAAUUUGAAAAAGGGAAGCAAAAUGUAAUAAAACCGGCUAACUCUUCUUCCUUCGUCUUUUUUUUCAGUUAUUGCUGUUCAAAACAUCUCACAAAAUGAAUUGGAAGUGUUGUCGACGGAGCUGGCCAAAGUAUUCUGUUUUACCAUCCAGAAGUCGCAGCUGCAGAAGCUUGAAGGGCAACGACGGUCGAAUGUGGCGUUUCAGUCGGAUGGGGUGGAUGAGCAAUCCGAUUGUGAUUUACAGGUAAAAGUUUGAUUUUAUCUCUUUUUUGAAAGUUAAUGGCCGAGCUAAAACGCAAGCCUCAGGUUGAGGUUAAAUCUUAGGUUGAGGUUGAAGUUAAGAUUAAGGUUAAGGUUAAUAUUAGGGUUGGAGUUGAAGUUUAAAUUUAGUUUCAGGCUUGAAAGCUCAAUUUAAGGUUAAAGUUAACUUAGAUGUUGAGAUUCAAUUAGACGCUUAGACUUAAGCUCAGGCUCACGCGCAGGCGCAGGCGAAAGCUCAGGCUUAGGCUCAGGCUCAGGCUCAGGCUCAGGCUCAGGCUCAGGCUCAGGCUCAGGCUCAGGCUCAGGCUCAGGCUCAGGCUUAGGCUCAGGCUCAGACUCAGGCUCAGUCCCAGGCUUAGGCUCAAUCUCAGGUUCAGGCUCACUUGGGUUUAUGCUUCAGCUCACUUUCUAGUUGGUAUUAAAAUUAAAGUUAAAAUUGCGGUUACGAUAUAAGCCUAGCCUCAGAUUUAAGCUCAAGUUUAUGCAUAAGCUCUAUCUGGCGUAGGCCCAGGCUGAAACUCAGGAUGAGGCUCUGGCUCAAGCAUGGGCUUGGAAGACGUAAGUUCAAACUCAGACUUAAAUUAUAGGUUUAGCUUUAGCCUAGGCUUAGACUCAGGUUCAGGCUUAAAUUCAAUCUUAGGUUAAAAUUUAAGCUUAGGCAUUGGUGGAAGCUUGAGCUCAAUAUCAAACUGCGGCUACGGCUCAAAAUUGCUUUUAAGCUUAAAAAUAAGCUUAUGUUUGAAUCUAAGCAUAACCCUGGUUCUCAAGAUAAACUUAACACUGGUUUAACUAAAUAUAUUUUAUAGGUAUUUGAAGUCAAACAGAAUCAAGAUCACAUAGUGACCAGACUUUUAUUAAUGUACAAAGAUAUACUUGUUAAUAGUAAAGUAAGUUUCUUCAUUUUUAUGAUAGAACAGAUAAUUUUCCUUUCCAGGUAGCGGUAGCUGAAAUAUCACAACUAACAUUGUCUCAUCUAUCAGCGAUUACUGGGUUGCCUAUCGUUGGUAUUGAAAGUAAGUGUAACAUAACCUAUAGAACUAGAAACUAUAAAGUAAAAAAAGUUUAAAAAUAUUUUAAAAAUUUAAUAAAAGUUUUUAAAAAUGAUGUUUUAGGUAAUGUUCAAUCACCUUCACUUGACUAUCGAUGGAUAAUAUGUAAGUAUAGGCUUACUAAAUCUAAAAAUAUGAACUUUUUUAAUACAAAAAAUAUUUUUUACUAUUAAUUUUAAAAAAUUACAGUAAUUCUAAUAGCCGGGUUCCUAAUCGCAGCCCUAUUUGCCUGGCUGUGCAUGUUUGUCUACUAUAACACAUGCGGAUCACCAAUAGUACGUAAAAGCAGUAGUACACCGGAUGCGGCAAACUUGCCUAGUAACGAUUAUGUUCAAAAACAUAAUAGCUACACUAAUUUGGAGGCUCAAAAUGUGUAGGUUUUAAAAAUUUGUUAAAAUUUUUUAAAAUACUUUUUGAAAAAAUGAAAAUUUAGGCCACCACUUGACCUACCGGUGCAAAACAAGCCUCAUGACCCAUUACAAGACAGUAUAUUUGACAUAACCUGUAAGUUUUUAUACCCUACCCUACCCUACCCUACCUUACUCUACCCUACCCUAACCUACGCAACCUUAUCCUACCCUACUCUACCUUUGCAAAAACUUUCUUUCCAGCAAACGACUACAUUUUAAAAACAGAAAAACCUGAUAAUCCAUCAGUAAUGUCGUUGUUCGGAAGUAAUGAAGUAUCUGAACAACAAAGUCGAAAAAUAUCGUAUGAAAGUGAAGAGAGUGCUAGAGAAAGAGAGAUGGUACGGGAGAGUAUAAAACGUAGAGAGAAAGAAAUCGGCCAAGAUGACAAAGUUAAUCGACAUAGGGUUAGAAUACAUGAAGAUAAACCUAUUUCGGAUAGUGGGGCAACUGGUACUGAUUACUAUGUUGAGCAUGAACGCAGUUACCAAGCUGGCGUCAAAGAUUCUAAAAUUGAACAAAGUGGUAUUACUAAAAGUGUCAGUAAUGACAGUCAAAACUAUAUUACUACUACAGGAAGUAUAACAAAGAAGGAUGAUAAACUACAGUACCCUACAGACCCUCAGCCUUCAAAAGUAAAGUUACCAGAAGUGUGGUCACCUUAUUAUGCUGUAGAGUUUAUCGAGCAGCUAAGGGCUUCAGUAAGUACAUUUUGUAAAAUACGUUUGUGUAUUUCUUUCACGGCUUUAAAUAUUGUUUUUAAAAGUUUUUUAAAAAUGACUUUUCUAGGAGCCAAACAGAUACAACAGUAGCGUCAAGUCACAUCCAAGGCCAACGGUGUACAAUGGGUACGAUGAAUCUGAAGGAACAUAA